GAAUAUGAAGGUGUUUAGGCAACUCAAAUGAAUAGGUAAACAUAGGUUUGUGUUGUGCAACAAUGGUUGAUAAGAGUGUGGUAGAACUGAACCUUGGUUUAGGUAAAAACAACGACAACGUUGUUGGUGGUGGUCAUGCACAUGCAGGGCAGUCACCGAGGCAAAGGUGUCCAGCGCCAUUUUUGUUGAAGACUUACGAUCUGUUGGAAGAAGGUGAGAGUGAAGAUAUCACAAAAAUUGUGUCGUGGAAUGAAGAAGGAACUUCCUUUGUUGUGUGGUCUCCUGCAGAAUUCUCUGAGCACACCUUGCCUAGAUAUUUCAAGCACAACAACUUCUCUAGCUUCAUUCGCCAAUUGAACACUUAUGGAUUUAAGAAAAUGUCAUCGAAAAGAUGGGAAUUCAAGCACGAGAAAUUUCAGAGGGGUUGCAGGCACAUGCUGGGUGAAAUCACAAGAAAAAAGUGCGAGCCAAGUGUUUUUCCUGCAUACCUUAAGUCUUCUUCUGAGGAAAACGCCACGAGUUCCACAGAAGAAAACAAUGAGCAAGUACUUAUGGAGGAGAACAAGAACCUGAAGAAGGAGAGAUUAGAGCUUCAAAUGCAGAUUGAUGAGUGCAAAGAACUUGAAAUGAAGUUGUUGGCAUGCCUCUCUCAGUUUAUGGACACCCAACAAAGUAAAAUUAGGAGACUGUGUUAGUUCAUGCUUAUUAAUUUAUAGGUGUUUCAUCUUAUCAUGGAUUACUAAUAUUUGUUUCGGUUUACCUCUCUCUUUUCAACAACAACAUUAAUUACUUUCCAUUCUUUUGGGAA